UCAUGGGGCCCCUGGGCAAUAGGGGAUCAUGGGGCCCCUGUGUCCUUGCCCAAACUCAAAAAAGCCUAUGAAAAAGGUACUAGGGGCAUCUCAUGGGGCCCCCUACUGACCCCGGGCCCUCGGACAGUGCCCGAGUUUCCAAAUGGUCAGUCCGCCCCUGGUUCCAUUGCAAGACAGAGCAACAGAAAGAAGACUGCAACAGAAUAAAAGAAAGAGGGACAGAGGCACCAUGGUCAGGAAUUGAACCCAUGGCCCAUUUACUGCAAGGCAGACAUGCUAACCACUAAGUCACUGUGCUACC